UCUCAUUUCUACUAUCAUUUUCUCUCUAUCUAUAGAUUUUCUGAUAGAAACAAAACUGAGAUGGGUGCUAGUCUUCUUUCGCCAUCGGCUUUCGUGAAGCUUUUGUUCCUUGCAUUGUGUGCUAUCUGGAUUUUUCCAGAGCUGGCACAGGCAAAACAUGCAGGAACUACCAGGCACUACAAGUUUAAUAUUGUUAUGCAAAAUGUUACAAGAUUGUGCCAAACAAAGAGCAUCUUGACUGUCAACGGGCAAUUUCCGGGACCUCGAAUCGUAGCAAGGGAAGGUGAUCGCCUCGUAAUCAAGGUUGUUAACAAAGUCAAGUACAAUACCACUCUUCACUGGCAUGGCAUUCGGCAACUAAGGAGUGGAUGGGCAGAUGGACCUGCCUAUAUCACACAGUGCCCAAUUCAAACAGGUCAAUCCUAUGUAUACAACUUCACCAUCACUGGCCAAAGAGGAACCUUGUUUUGGCAUGCCCACAUCUCUUGGCUAAGAGCAACUUUGUAUGGACCAAUUGUGAUCCUCCCCAAGGAACAUGUCCCUUAUCCAUUUGCCCAACCCUUUAAAGAAGUUCCCAUCAUUUUCGGAGAAUGGUGGAAAGCAGACACUGAGAAAAUUAUCAGCCAAGCCUUGCAAUCAGGAGGACCACCAAAUAUCUCUGAUGCUUUCACCAUUAACGGUCUCCCUGGACCCUCCUAUAACUGCUCAGCGAAAGACGCAUUCAAGCUGAAGGUGAAGCCUGGAAAACUAUACCUCCUCCGUAUGAUCAAUGCUGCACUCAACGAUGAGCUCUUCGUCAGCAUUGCCAACCACACUUUAACCGUGGUAGAAACUGAUGCAGUAUACGUGAAACCCAUAAAAACUAACGUCGUACUCAUCACUCCAGGACAAACCACCAAUGUCCUCCUCAAGGCCAAAUCCAAGGCACCUACUGCCACUUUCGCCAUUGCUGCUAGGCCUUACGCCACUGGCCCAGCCACCUUCGACAAUACCACAACCAUUGGCAUUCUUGAAUACGAACCUCCUUCUCCUGUCUCUCAAAACAAAAACAAGAAAUUUCCCCUGCUCAAACCUGCACUUCCAAAGUUAAAUGACACAAAUUUUGCCAUGAAAUUCAGCAAGAAAAUCCGUAGCUUAGCCACAGCCAAAUUCCCUGCCAAUGUCCCCAAGAAAGUCGAUAGACGCUUUUUCUUCACCGUAGGAUUAGGAUUGAACCCAUGUCCAAAAAACCAAACUUGCCAGGGACCAAACAAUACAAAGCUAGCAGCUUCCGUUAACAAUGUGUCCUUCGUGCAGCCAAACGUAGCUCUACUUCAGGCUCACUUCUUUAAGAAAUCUAAAGGCGUGUACACAACUGAUUUUCCCGUCAACCCACCAUUCAAAUUCAACUAUACCGGCACACCACCAAAAAAGCUUAUGGUAAACAGCGGCACAAAAGUUGUGGUACUACCUUUUAAUACUAGUGUUGAGCUGGUGAUGCAAGACACUAGCAUCAUUGGCGCAGAGAGCCACCCUCUUCACCUUCAUGGCUUUAACUUCUUUGUGAUUGGUCAAGGCUUUGGCAACUUCAACCCCAACAAGGACCCGGCCAAUUUCAACCUGGUUGACCCUGCUGAGAGGAACACUGUAGGCGUCCCAUCUGGUGGGUGGGUGGCCAUUCGUUUUCUUGCAGACAAUCCUGGGGUUUGGUUUAUGCAUUGCCAUUUGGAAGUACACACCAGUUGGGGGUUGAAGAUGGCGUGGAUUGUGAUGGAUGGAAAGAGGCCAAAGCAAAAACUGCCACCUCCGCCGUCUGAUCUUCCAAAAUGUUGAAUUUGAAUUUGCUCUCCGAUAAAGGAGUGCUUCCAUAUCUAUUAUUUUUUUUUUUCUUUUUUUCU